GUUCAUAACCAUUUUAAAAAUUGCUAAAUUGCUUAGGUACCCCUGGACCACCACUUCUCAUGUACUCCGGGCGCACCGAUAUUCAUUCUAUGCUGCGACUGGUGCUAGGGCCGAUCGAUUUCUUGCUGCAAAAUUGCAAGCGAUCCCGACGUUUCUCUCCCACAACUGCCAAUCAAUCACCCGCCUGACGUCCGUCGAACUCGCCGCCGUAGAGCGCAGCUGAUAACCCAGAAGGAGAUUAACUGAAGGCAAACGGUAGAUUAAAGCGGCAUCUUCUUCUUGGAUCUUUUUUUACCAUGAUUCACUUUGUGCUUCUCAUUAGUCGACAAGGAAAAGUGAGGUUGACGAAAUGGUAUUCACCAUAUUCCCAGAAGGAAAGAACUAAGGUAAUUCGAGAGCUUAGUGGUGUCAUUCUCACACGAGGCCCAAAGCUCUGCAACUUUGUGGAAUGGAGGGGGUACAAAGUUGUUUAUAAAAGAUAUGCCAGCCUAUAUUUCUGCAUGUGCAUUGAUCAAGAUGACAACGAAUUGGAGAUCCUUGAAAUAAUUCACCAUUAUGUUGAGAUACUGGACCGCUAUUUUGGCAGUGUGUGUGAGCUGGACUUGAUCUUUAAUUUCCAUAAGGCUUAUUACAUAUUGGACGAGCUUUUGAUUGCAGGCGAGUUGCAAGAAUCAAGCAAGAAAACAGUUGCACGACUGAUAGCUGCUCAGGAUUCAUUGGUAGAGACUGCAAAGGAGCAGGCCAGUUCGAUUAGCAAUAUGAUUGCACAGGCCACCAAAUAAAUUUGUGACGAGCACCCCCUUAUAAACAUUUGUUUGUCUUUUGAGUUGUGGGAGCAGCAUCGUGUACCAAGUACCAGUGACUAAAUCUCGUUGCUGCUGCUUCACUGCUGUGGUUCUGAACCCUUUUCGUUUUGUAUUAUUAUAUUACUAUUGUGGGAAUCAAAACAACUUGAAAAAUGUAUCCAUUCUUCGAGGAUGGUCAAAAUUAUUUGGAUAGCAUGUUGUAUUGAAGGUCCUUUGUGGUGAUACAAAGUCAUCAUAGCAUUGUGUUUUGACCA